AUAUUCGGUGGAAGAUGCUCCGGUAGAUACCGAAAUAAAUAAAGAAAAGGAGGGAGAGACCCAGCGAGAGAGAGAGAGAGAGCACAAUUGCUGCUGAACCACCACGCGCAACGAACCUCCUCAGUCCCUUCCAAGACUUUCAUGUCCAUCUUGCCCAACCAUACCCAAGGUUCUAUAUCCUCGACUUCCUCCUCUUCGCUCCCUCUAUACCCUAAUUCCCAACAACAUGGAACAACUAUACGUGACCUCCUUCAAUCUCCUUCUCCUUCUCCAUCUCCGCCCUCUCUUUCCCCCAAGUAAUCUCUCCAGAUCUCCGACUCUCAAUCCCCCAUCGCUAUGCUCCGCUACAGUUCAGUUUCAUUGGCUUCAGCCGAAAAAGAUUUUGGUGGAUCUUCCAAAAAGGUAAAUGAUACUGGGACUCCGAAUGAUACGAAGACUUUACCUCACCAAAGCAGUGAUACAGAUUCCCAGUGUCACUCAGGUGGACGAGGGGUUGGAUCAGCCCAGUUGAUGGGGAGGAUGUCAGGAACUAUCAUUUCUCCUCGAACUGAACGAAGUAUGGUGUCUUUAAAUUCUCAUGGAAGCAAUAUGCAUUCAUCAGGUAGAAAAGCCCAGUUUAUGAAUGGUAACCACUUGCUGAAUUUUCAUUAUGAUCCUAUUUCUCGUCCUCAACAUCAACCAAGGGCUCUGCCACCAAGAAGGCAGCAGAAGACAAAGCCAUACAACAAGGAUCUUUUUCUUCAGGCAAAUUAUAAAUUCGUGGUGCUAGAUUCAGGAAAUUAUACUCCUGAAUCUAUGGAUCCAGAUAAAAUGUUAAGGUGGGAGGAUAUAAUAUGUGUAAUGUAUUCAACCCCGUUUCCAGUUCAGUGCCCGAUUUGUUUGGAGUAUCCUCUUUGUCCACAAAUAACCUCAUGUGGCCACAUCUUUUGUUUCCCAUGUAUUUUGCAAUACUUGUUAAUGGGCGAGGAGGAUCAUAAAGGUGACAGCUGGAAAAGAUGUCCAUUAUGUUUUGUGAUGAUAUCGCCAAAGGAUCUAUACACCAUCUAUAUUGAGAAUGUCAAACAACAUUAUGUUGGUGACACUACUGAGUUCGUACUUUUGACUCGGCAAAAGGAUUCCGUUUCUCUAUUACAUAAAAGCAAACAAGAGACAGAUAUCAUGCUCUGUCACAAUCAUGAAAUCUGUGAUCCAUUUUCUAAGUUUACAUUUACUUCAGAUGUAGAUCUCUCGGUUAGAAAAGCAAUAUCUGAUCUAGAUAGUUGGUUAGUCAGAGCAGAUUCAGGGCUUGUUGAUGAGUUAGAGAAGCUUCCAUAUGUAUGUGCAGCAAUGGAACAAUUAGAACAGCGGAAGAAGUAUUGGAAUGAGCACUGGGCUGGUGAGAGUCACAGAUCAAAUAAAAUUACUGAUUUUCAGGUUGAAUCUCAUGUACUCGUGUCAACUGCAUGUGCCACUCGUACUGAUUAUGAUGAGAGUAGUUUUAGAUGUGGAACUCUGUCUACCCAUGUCAAUGACCAAAUUAAGUGGUCUGGUAAUUCAAUACUGGGAGAGUCAAAUGGAGGGGCACAUUUGGAUAAUGAAACUGCAAAUCAGAGGGAAUUGCUGGAAGGGCAAGAUGCAUCUCUAUCUUCUUCAUAUGGUGAAAGCCAGAGUCGUCAAAGGCUCUCAAAUGAAACUAGAGAUGCAAAGGACAAGAACUCAUACAAUUUCUACCAGGCUGCUGAUGGUCAGCAUCUGAUUCUUCAUCCGUUAAACAUGAGGUGUCUCAUACAUCAUUAUGGGAGUUAUGAUAUGCUUCCACACAGAAUAAGUGGCAGGAUUUUACAGUUGGAGACUGUCACUCAGUCAGAGGCCAUUCGGAGGCGCUAUCGUUACCUAAGCCAUUUUUCUUUAACAACAACAUUUCAGCUUUGUGAAAUUGAUCUAAGUGAGACACUCUCUCCUGAUGCCCUGCACCCCUUCAUGGACGAAAUAAAGAAGCGUGAAAAGCAGAGGAAACAACUUGCCAGGAAGGACCGAAGGGAGAAAAUUGAGGCAGAAGCUGCUGCUGCUGCUGCUGCUGCAUAUACCAUGUCCCUGCCCGUAUUAUCCAGUUUUGGACGGACCUCUCAUGAUGAGUUGCCUGCAUUUUCCAUGGAUGACUUUGAAGCUUUGGGAAGUUCUCCUGCAACAUCGUCAAGCCCCCCAAUUGUUGGGGAGAGGAGGCUGUUCUCAAAUGUAACAAGGCUUGGUUUUGCUGCUGGUCACGAUUCUCCUUCUCUGAAAAUUCAAGAACCCAAUUCUCUGCCCAACAGUGGAGUGACCACCAAUUCUUCUGUUGUAAACGGUUCCCAAAAUGCAGGCACACCUUCCUUUGCCAAUGUAGUCUCCAAAGCAAAAUCUGUUGAAACUUUGGAUGCGCCCAAGAUGAAUGAGCUAGGGAAGAAGGGGAAGAAACCAAGUCGCGUACUUUUGUCAACAGCUGGUGGUCGGCGGUAUUGAUUACUAUGGUG